AUGCCGACCUUGAGGCCUGCCCGCUCGGAUGGCAACCUUCAGAUCAAAGAGGGAAGUUGCAAGCCCCGGCCACCACGGCGCCACAGUGGACCGGGCAUGGUGGGAGACAAGGGUGACUCGACCCGCUCACCAUCACCUGCCCCACGAAGGCGUGCCACUCGGAGUCCUUCUUGGAGCGAGGCCGGAGAAGACAUCCCAGGCCUUCAGGAGGCCUUCCGAAAGCUCUGUGUGAGCGCUCGGGGCGAAGGCAUGGACUCGCGGCAGUUCGACAAGUUUUGCCGGGAGGCCGGCUAUGUGGACAGCAAGUUCACCACCGCAGAUGCCGACCUGCUCUUCACUUCGGUGACGGGCCAAAGCCGCUCCCGGCGCUUGGGAGCCCCACAGUUCCAGGCAGCGCUUAGGCUGCUGGCGGCGCGGAAGCGGCUUCCGCUGGAGCAAGUUUGCGCUAAGGUGAAGCGCUUGGCCGAGGUGGAAGAGCGGGCGCGGCAUCCACCCAUUGCGCCAACAGGCAUUUCCGAUGGACCUGCGGAUGCUGACGAGGGCCGGAUACGGCUGAGGUCACACAUGAAUGGCCGAAGCGCUUCGGAGCCUGCACAUCAACGGGGCUGGUUCUACCCCUUUGACAAUGGAAGCUGCCUCAAGCGGCACAGUACGGAUGGGGUGGCAGAUGCGGCAGAAUCUGAGUUGCUUAUGGACAGCUUUGUCUCCUUCUGCUGGGGCAAGCCGGACAUGAGCAACCGCGAUUUCCUUCGCUUGUGCCGUGAUUGCCAUUUGCUGAACCGAAGGUUUACCGCGCUCGAUGCCGAUUUGCUUUUCACCAAGGUCUUGCCAAAGAUGCAAAGACGUCUCAAGUUCGAAGAUUUCGAGGUGGCCUUGCGCGACUUAGCGGAGAGGAAAGGUGUCACGAUGAGUGCGAUCCGCCAAGCCAUUGCCUUUGCACAUGGCCCCUUCGUGCAAGCCACUGAAGCGGAGUCCAUCCGACUCCACGACGACAUCAGCAGCUACACAGGCACCCAUGUUCAUGGCGGCCCGGAGCGGGGAGAGCCCAGGGAGGGUGUGGUGUCCGAUCGAGGAGGUCCAGACCCAAACGCGGGUGGAACAGAGAAAACAGCAGAGCAGAUGGAAGAGCUCUACAAGGUUUGUGACCCCGACAUGGUUGAGCCCUCGGCGCAGCUGGCUCAGGCCCAAGUAGGAUGGCAGGCCGAGUUGCAGCGUUUCCUUACGACCUGGGCAGACCGCCGCACAGCUCCCAGCCUGGCCUUCGGCACGGCGGUGGUGGCUGCCAUGGGCCGCGCCCAGGCGGUGUCCGAGGCGUUCCAGUUUGGCCGAUGCUUGAGGGACGAGGGCCUCGAAGUGGACACGUUCUUUUGCAACAACCUCCUGCAAGCUUGUUCAUCCACAAAUCGCUGGGACUUGCCCUUGUUUGUCUUGAGCGAGAUGCUUCAGCUGGGCCCACCCUUGGACCUAGCCAGCUUGGGCCUUGUGGCCAAGGAGCUCCCUUGGCCCCGAGCGGUGCGCUUGCUGCAGCUGCUGCCGCUGGCGGCCCUGCAGCCAAAUGUGGUGCUACAGGGCGCGGUGAUCGCACAGUGUGAGAGAGCAGGGCGAUGGGAAGUGGCCCUUGACCUUUUGACCACCAUGAAAGGUCAAAAGCUGCUGCCUAAUGUGGUCAGCUGCAGUUCGGCCAUCAGCGCAUGUGAGAAAGGUGGGGAGUGGCGAGCUGCACUGGCGAUCCUAGAAGAGAUGCGUCAGGGCAUGCUGCGAGCAGAUCUCAUUGCAUUCAGCGCGUGCAUUAGUGCAUGUGGCAAAGGAGGGCAGUGGACACGCGCCAUGUGGUUGUUGUCUCAGAUGCAACGGGAACAGCUGCCACCCAAUGUGAUUGUCUACAACGCCGUGUUGAAUGCAUUGGCACAGCAGCCAGGGGGGGCUUGGGCGCAAGUCUUCGAGCUGCUGCGCCGGGUGCAGCAGCUGCGGUCGCGAGAGAGCCGCGAUGCGGAACUGGAAACCUUCAGCUGCGCCCUAAGAGCCCUGGGCCGUCAGAGGUGGCGAGAGAGCUUAGCGCUUUGGAGCCAGCUUCAGGGCAGCUGCCAGGCCGAUGCCAUCGCCUUUGGUGCUAUCCUUGCAGUUGACAUGGGAAGCUGGCAAGUGUCCCUGGCCCUCCUAGAGCAAAUGCAAGCCUCGCACUUGAGGCCGGACGCGGUGGCCUUGUGUUCGGCCAGCGGCAGUUGCUGGCACUUCGGAAGAUGCCUGGAGCUUCUCCAGCUGCUCAAGGAUUUGGACCGUGAGGCCAUGUCUGGGGACGCACCAGCGGUGAUACCCAGGCGGCCCAAAGAGCGCCGGCUUGAUAGCAGCAUCGUGAUCCCCGGGCUCGGGUCCGGUGGAAACCCGACACCGAAGAUGAACACCACGGAGGUGAUCUUUGACAACGAAACCCUGAGCUGCUCAGAUGAGAAAUGGCAGUAUGGGGAGGGGUACUUGUGGACCUUCUCGCAGAUUGCAGAAGCCUUCAUGACCUAUGGCGCCAACAAGUUCUACGAGCCGAACACUGGACCAGACAACCUGACCCAAUGUGUCGCAGCUUUGGUCAUUGCCUCCGGGGAAUGUAGUCCUAUCAUGGGUUCAGGCUGCAAUGCUUCCGCCACAGGACCCUCGGGUGUGUUCCAGUUGGACUUCUUGAGGUCAUCAAACACAGGGACGGGCAAUAUCAUUAACCCACAGAUUGCCAAGGAUGGCAACAUCAUGAACCUUUGCAUCUCUGGCUUUGGUGCCGGAUUCGUCACGGGGGCCCCCUGGUAUGAUGAAUCCAAGGAGGAAGUGGUAUUUCUUGAGGGGGAUAGCUUUGCAACUUGUAUGGGAGCGCCGGACUAUGUGAACAACUACUCCUGCCCAGAUCCCAACAGUGUGGCAGGGACGACCUACAGCAACUAUGUGGGCACCUUUUGCCACAAGAGCUAUGAUCCAUUUCCUGACUACUACCUCGAGAAGGCGAACGAUCAGUUGGCGCUCGGUGUGGACUUCAAGGGCAUUUGUGAAGCAGUCCUUGAGAGCAUGCAGUGA